AUGCUGGAGGUCGCUCCUACAGGCCCCGCCUCCCCGACACGUCUGCACACUCGCGGCCGGCCGGAAAGCGCAGACACUGUCGUGAAGGUCCCCAGCUGCGAUGCUGGACUCCGUACUUCGCGGCAGGGGUUUGAGCCCGGAGCUUUGGAGUGGGACAGCGCGGAGGAGGAGACCAGUGGAGGUGGAGGCAAUGACCGGGUGCGGAACCUGCAGAGUGAGGUGGAAGGAGUCAAGAAUAUUAUGACCCAGAAUGUGGAGCGGAUCCUGGCCCGAGGAGAAAACUUGGACCAUCUCCGCAACAAGACAGAGGACCUGGAAGCCACAUCUGAGCACUUCAAGACAACAUCGCAGAAAGUGGCUCGGAAGUUCUGGUGGAAGAAUGUGAAGAUGAUUGUCCUCAUCUGCGUGAUUGUCUUUAUCAUCAUCCUCUUCAUCGUGCUCCUUGCCACUGGGGUCAUCCCUACUUAGGGAUCCUCCUUCCCACCCUGCUCUCCUCUUCUGGGGCAACCCUCC